AUGGAAAGUCAAGAAAACAAGGAUCCUGAACAAGCUGCGAGCCCUCUCCAAAAUCAACCUGGCACUUGUCUUGUCCCGAAUGCCGAGUCUUGGGAAAUGACUGCCAUUUACGAUAUGACACGUCGUGUCACCAUGCACGACGUGAACUCUGACGUGAACUAUGAUGACAUGGAUGCAGAUGUUCAAGACUUUUUCACUGAUAGUAAUCAACCGUACUACCAUGAAAGAAACCAAUAUACAAUCGAAAAACUGCCGGACAAAGUGUUGCGAGAUAUCUUCCAGUACUUGUCACCAAAACAGAUAAACCAAGUUGGUCUGGUUUGCAAACGAUGGAGAGUUAUAUCGCAGAAUCCUUUGCUUUGGAAGUUUGUAUCGUUUCGACCGAACUAUGGAGGGAUUCAGGUAAAUCCACAAUGCAUCGACUUCUUCAUUCAGUUAAUCGGAACCAGAUUUUCUGAAUUGAGAAUUGUUGAGUUGGCUACAGAUCUUAUCACUCCAAAUGUUCUCUACGAGCUGGCCAAUAAGGCACCAAAGCUUCAGUACCUGACUCUAGAUUUCUCCACUGCCAUGCAACUUCACGACUUCACCGACCUUCAAAGUUUUCCAUCUCGUUUGAAGUCGUUGACUAUUUGUCUUUCGGAGAACAUUUUUCUGGAAGGAUUCCUCAGAAAAGUGUACACUUUUAUUUCAUCCGUUGAAACGCUCCAUAUCAUUGGAACGUAUGAGAAAGUUGAAGAUGAAGAAGAGGAAGUCUACGAGACGGUCAACAUUUUCAAACUCAAGCAGUUUUUGCCAAAUAUGAGAGUUGUCAACUUGUGGGGAGUUCCAUUUAUCACUGAUGAACAUGUCGACGCAAUUUCAUCGAAUUGUGCACACUUGGAAUGCCUUUGUGUUAACUAUUGCCCAAAAGUUACUGGCGCUUGCUUGAAAUUAGUUCUUCAGCGAUGUCGAAAGCUGAAAACCCUUUUCCUGGCUCACACGAAACUCGACAACAACAUCGUCAAAAUGGUUGACUGGGAAAAAACUCGUAUCGAAGAAUUGGAUAUUAAAGGAACCGAACUCAACUCAGAAGCUCUUAUCUCCAUCCUCACUCGACUCCCCCAUCUCCGUUGGUUGGACGCCAGUUGGUUGGAAAAUAUGACCGAUCAAGUAUUGGAAGCUUGGCAGAACUCGAAUGCGAUGGGAAGCCUUCAGUUCUUGAACAUGGACACAUGUGAUUCGAUCAAUGAGCAAGCGCUUGUUGACAUGAUCAAGAGACAUGGUCAUCAAUUUCAUGGACUUUGCCUUGGAGGACAACACAAGUUGCUUGAGUAUUUCUGGAUGAACAUGAUCCCACAAUUGAGAAAUAUUAGAGUGAUGGUAAUGGGAAUCGCGGAAGACUGUUGUCCAAAAGUUGUUGCCAAAAUUCACGUAGAUCAAUUUAUUGACUGCAUUGCUCAAAACUGCCCACGGUUAACCCGUCUUGAAGUUAGAUGGGAUGAUGAAACACUUAGAUUCUCUGAUAAAUCAAGCAAAUUUAUUGAUGUUCUCCGCAUGAAAUGUCUUAUGCUUCACUCGAUUGUGCUCUCGGACGGACAGUAUUAUGAAUUGGUGCGAAGUAACUUUGAGAGAGCUGAUCGGAUGUCGGUUGUUAGAACUACUGAAAUGUGUCGGACUGGAUUACUUCAUUGUUCCAGAUAUUUUAAUCAACUUCUUUUCAAUUGA